UUUUAAAAGUAAUUAACUCAGAAAAUUUUUAACUUUACAAAUGAAGGCAGAGGGUAGAUAUGUGCUAAAAUUUUUGUUGGAUUUCCUUAAAAAAAAGAAAGUAAAACUAAUUCAAAUUAGCAAUUUAGCAUUUUUAUUUGAUUUUUCUCUAAAAAUAUAACUUUAUUUUCUUUGUAAGUAGAUUUAUGCUACUUGUGAAGAUGGAUAAGUUACAUUCUACCAUUUUUUAGCAUUAAUUGAUAAUUUCCAACCAGCCAACAAAUCGGUAAAUUUCCAUCUAGUAGGGCCUUAAAUUAAGUCAAGUUCUGAAUCUGAUCCCACACUAUAUCUCUACAACAGCCUAAGGAGCAAUGUCGUUUAAAAUUGGUGCAAUUGGUUGGAAAGUACAUGACAGACCGUUAUUUCAGGUCCAAAGUGGUCCUUAGAGCCUCAAUUUCUUUAGAAACAUUCUCUCAUUUAUAGCCAAUGGAUACUCACCACCCAAAUUAAAUUUUGAAUCCUUAAACCGAACAGAACCUUUAGUUUCUUGUCUCUCUUCUCCUUCCUCGUACACAGACAAGAGUGAGAGAGGUCAUGAUCUUGGUCUGCUAAAUGCCACCCAGGUCAUGAUCUUCCAUCUCUCCACCCUUUAAGCACAUUAAUGUGAUCUUCAGUUCGAUCCUUAUCAAUCCCAAAACCACUUUUGGCUUUUGUUUCUUUGUAUUUUAACCUUUUAAGAGAUGGCAAAACGAUCAUUCAAGCAGUUUGUAGAACAAGAACUUGGAAAAGUGGCAAAGUUUUUUAUUUAUGCAGUGCUUGAAUGGAUGAUGAUAUUUGUUCUGUUCAUUGACGGGUUUCUUGCUUUUUUCGCAAGCGAAUUUGCCAGGUUCUUUGAGUUGCCUAUCCCUUGCUUGCUUUGCACCAGGAUUGAUCAUGUCCUUGUUAGAAGAAAUGCUGAUUUCUAUUACAAUGAUUCCGUAUGUAAAAAUCAUAAGAAGAAAGUUUCAUCUCUAGCAUUCUGUCAUGCUCACAAGAAGCUUUCUGACAUAAGAAAAAUGUGUGAAAGCUGUCUUCUCUCCUUUGCAACUGAGAAAGAAUCUGAUUGUGAUACUUACAAGUCCCUUCUGGGGAUCUUACACAAGGAUAUUGAAUUGCUUGUUGAUGAAGAUCAUGAAGUUCAUCUGUCAUUGCCUGCUGGAAAAAAGGAUGAAGUUCUUGAGAAGAGCAAUGAUCAAUGGUGUUCAUGUUGUUGGCUGCCAUUGAAGAUCAAAUCCUCCUAUGCAAAAGUGAAGAAUUCUUCCCUGUCAUCCCUAGCUCCUGCUCCAUCUCCCCGGUCUCCAGCCUAUCGAAAUUUGUAUUUGUCACACAUAAAAUAUACGGAGCUCAAGCUUAACUCGGACGAAUCAGAGGUUCACGAGGAUAUUGAUCGCACCAGGGGAAUAAUCCUUGAAAAGCCAUUCAGGGAAGAUGCCAAGGCUGCUACAAUACCAUUGCUGAUGGAUGCUGAUGAUGAAGAUAAGACCCCUCACUUUAUCAGGGGAAACAAGUUUUUUGGAAUCUCACUAUCAGAGUCGGCAACAAACAGUCCUAGGUGGACAAGAAUUCCAAGGAAAUCACUGCUUGAGAAAACAGUGUUUGCUUCAGAAUCUGGAGAGGGGCAAGUGGCAAAUGAGGCAGAAGGUGAUAUUUUGCAUCAUUUGAAGAGACAAGUUCGUAUGGAUCGCAAGUCACUGAUGGCUUUGUACAUGGAACUGGAUGAAGAAAGAAGUGCAUCUGCUGUGGCUGCUAACAAUGCAAUGGCCAUGAUCACAAGGUUGCAAGCUGAGAAGGCAGCUGUUCAGAUGGAGGCCUUGCAAUACCAGAGAAUGAUGGAGGAGCAGGCAGAAUACGACCAAGAAGCCCUACAAGAGAUGAAUAAUUUUCUGGCCAAGAGGGAGGAAGAAUUUAAGGAUUUAGAGGCUGAACUUGAGGCUUACAGAAAAAAAUAUGGAUGCUUAAAGGAAGUUGAUUUUAAAGGACAAGGAGAUGAGAGUGACGAGGGCUACCAAGUCUUGAAACUGCCAUGUUACUCAUCCGACAAUGGAAGAGCUGAAUGUAACAGCCCUACUCGUAGCCUUAAUGAAGGGUCCAAUACUGGAGAAAAAGCACAGAAUCAUGAUCAGUCAGAUUCAAUGCAUGACGAGGUCGGAGAGGAAGGGUUUAACACAUCAAAGAAAGUUUCGGACCGGUUGAAAAAUCGAGAGAAGAAACUGCAGAUUUCAUCAGAUGGUGAGGGUGUUUCCUCAAAGCCUAGUAGCAACGAUGAUGACAACUUGGAAGAAGAGACAGGAAAUGGAAGUAAAGCAGUCCUAAAGAGUGAAUUGUGCCGAAUUCAUGAAAAGAUUGCGGCUCUUGCAGCAGAUGGACUUCUGAAACAUGUUAAUGAUAUUACAGAUGAAAUAGGCAGCGAUGGAGCAAAACUAUUAACAGAAAUUUCUCAGAGUCUACAAAAGCUUCAACACUAUGUAACAAUGUCUUAUUCUGAAAGCAGAGAUGGAUAAUUAUCUUCCAAACCAUUACUGGUAAAUGUUUUUGCUACCAAUAACUUUUAUCAAACCACUGGUAUGAAAGCAAAUGCACGACUACUUGCCACUUAAAAACUUAGCAGAUACCACUUUGUUUUAGGUUUUUGUCAUAUACUUCUAAGAAACCUGUAUACAUAGACAGUACUAUGCUAAACUAUAUGCUUUUUGAAAGUAAAUUUUUGUUUUUGUUCUUUUUUUUUGUUAGGAUGCAUAUAUGAUCUUGCUUGUUUUGAAGCUUUUGGAGCUCUCCUCUUUUGGUCCCUCCUAUGGCAGGAGUAGCAGCAAGUUGAGCUUUGCGAUGACUUGGCAAGCAAGCUGUUGAGCUGAGAUGGAAUCCAUCAUCAAUUAUCUGAGAUUCUAGUUGAAACUUGAAACUAGUGGUAGGCAAAUGCUAGCACAAAAAUGAAAAUGGUUAAUUGACUAUAUCAAACUCACUUCGCAUAUUGUUGCUUCAACCUUAAAAAAAUCUAGAAGAUUGUUAAAGCGAUGAGAUCAGGGUUCAGGGAAGACAGAAAAAAUCAACCCACAAUUUCGAAGUGCUUUGUAACUGAAAUGUUAAUUGGUUUUCUUCCAUUUGUUUUGUUUUUGUUUUGGUUUUUUUGGCUUUUUCUUUGGUUUUCUAAACUUUCCUCACCCACUAAACCAACGUCAGCGAAAAUUUUAAUUCCACAUGUGAAGUAAAUGUGUUUUUUCUUCAAAAGAAUGCAUUCACCAAGGAAGUGACUCUACCUUCCGAAUCUGAGGGUAUAAUCCACCUAAAAGGAAGUCAAAGAAUAGACAAGACACUGAAUUUUAAACCCAAAAUUUAACUCAAUUAAUUUAUACAAUUAUUCUUAAAAAAUAACAUUCAAUUACUCUUAAAAAGUGAAAUUCAAUAAAUCUGAGAUUUAAUCUUGCACCUGCAACCCUCUUCUUUAUCCCAGAAUAGGGCUUCCUGUGUAAAAAUAAACAAAUAAAUAAACAAGAAACAGCUCUCACACAACAUUUACAGAAAAAAAUUGGAACAUGCAUUAUCACCCCUGAUGAUUUAAAUUCGUAAUACAGAAAAAAAAAAAAUCCCUUGU